AUGUCUGAGUUAAAAUCAACUGCAACAGUGAAGGUGGCUGACCCCGAAGUCAACGUAGGGGAAACCACCACUUAUACAGAUCGCGAUGCCGAAAGGUCCUAUGUCAGGAAAAUUGAUUUCAUUGUGCUCCCAACGCUGUGCUUGGUAGGAAUUAUCGCUAACUUCGAGGCUUUUGUCAUCGCACAGAUGUACUUUUUUGACUGCAUGGAUCGGGUAAGUGCCGAGAAGACGGCAUAUGCGUUCCCGAAACAUGCUAACAAUCAUUGGCAGAGCAAUUUGGCAAAUGCCAAGACAGAUGGUCUUGAGAAAGACUUGCACCUGAAGGGGAAUGACUACUCUCUAUUGAUUCUUCUCUUCUAUAUCCCAUUCGGGUUGUUCGAUCUGCCGUGGAAUCUUUUGAUCAAGAGGUUUUCUGGUAGAAUCAUGCUGUCUAUUAUGUCUAUUGUGUGGGGAGUUCUAGCACUAUGUCAAUGCGCCGCUAAGGACUUUGGCUCGCUACUUGCGAUUCGCAUAAUCUUAGGUGUUUUUGAAGCCGGUUUCUUCGCCGGAGCUACCUUUUACCUCACGUUGUUCUACAAGCGUGGGGAAAUGGGAUUCCGCCUGGCUAUCAUGCAGUCAUUUGCAGUUCUAGCGUCCGCAUUCAGUGGACUAAUCUCCUUUGGGGUAUUCCAAAUAAACCACCCAGCAGUCAAAGGAUGGCAGUGGUUGUUUAUUAUCGAAGGAUCGAUGACAUUAAUUACCGGAGCUGUGGCGUUUUUUGUGCUCCCAGAUGGGGCACAGAAAGCAUGGUUUUUGACUGAUAGAGAGAGGGCGGCAGCGACAGCACGUCUGCUUCGUGAUACCUCGUCUGAGGUGAAUACUCCAUUCAAUCUCAAGGCUUGCUUUGAGUCAUGGAACGACUGGAAAUUCCCAGUGUGGUGUUUGAUUACGUUCACAUACCCUGUUGCGUAUGCCACUGCAAUGAAUUUCUUCCCUUUAAUCGUUCAACGAUUGGGAUAUUCCGUCGUCAAGACUAAUUUAUGGACGGUGGCGCCAAAUCUUGUCGGAGCAGUAUUCCUGCUAUGUGUGGCCAAGUCCUCCGACUAUUUCCGCGAAAGAACGCUCCAUAUUGUCUUUUCUUUGGCGAUUUCAUUCGUCGGAAUGAUUAUAUUAAUCGCGAUUGACGUUCAGAACAACAAGGGAGUAGCAUACUUUGCCUGUUUCCUAAUGGCAGCAGGAUCAUAUAUUCCGUCCUGUCUCGUUCAUGCCUGGCACAACAAUAACAACGUACACGAAAACUCGCGAGCUGCCAAUACGGGCUUUUUUGUAGGACUGGGGAAUUUUGCCGGCGUACUGAGCGCGGGCACAUUCCGAACUCAAUACGCACCAAAGUAUCUGCCAACUCUCAUCGCAACUUGUUGUUGCAACGCAGUGUGCAUAGUCCUAGUUCUUGGAUUAGGAGGCUGGAUGCGCAUGGAGAAUCAUCGCCGAGAUAGCAAACAGGGACUGAGACUGAGAGAGGAUCAGACUGACACUAGUCAGUUUAAGGAGGGCGAAAAGAGUCCUGAGUGGAGAUACUUCCCUUGA